AUGGCAUGUCAAGCAUUUACCGCCGACUCUUUUACCCCCCUGGCAGGAGAUUCAGGCCUGCCAAUCCUCAUGCACCACGCCUCUACCAGUGACUGUCUGUCAACCACCUCCCAUGCACACAGCAUGGUGUCUGCAGUAUCAUCAGGACUGUCCCUCGGUCAGACCUCCAAGCGUUCCCAUAUGCACCUGUCCACCUCGUCCCUCAGCAACGCUCUCGGAAACACCCCCCCGAGCCUACAUUACCCAGUCACCCCCUGUCACUAUGGCAACCAGCAGGCUACCUACGGCAUGAUGACAGCUCAGGAGAUGCUGUCUGCCAGUAUCUCUCAGACUCGUAUCCUGCAGACAUGUGGUGUCCCUCACCCUAACAUGGUGAGCGCUACAAAUCCACUGCAAGGAUCUCUGACUCCCUGCUUGUAUAAGUUUCCAGAUCAUGGACUGAGUAGUGGCUCUUGUGCGUUGAGCCAUGGUUUCUCCUCACUGCCUUCGGCCAUCCUCUCAACUGAUGAGACCCCUGGGGGCCCCAGCGCUGGAGAGAUGAAAACUGAUAUCCAAAGGAAGGGCAUUCGGGACCAAGAAGAUAUCCCUGCCAUGGACUCCCCUCAGAUACGGGAGCUGGAGAUGUUCGCCAAUGACUUCAAGAUAAGAAGGAUCAAACUUGGCUACACCCAGACUAAUGUAGGCGAGGCGCUUGCUGCAGUGCACGGCUCAGAGUUCAGCCAGACCACGAUCUGCCGCUUUGAAAAUCUGCAGCUGAGCUUUAAGAACGCCUGCAAACUCAAGGCCAUUCUGGAGAAGUGGCUGGAUGAAGCCGAGCUGGCUGGUGCUUUGUACAAUGACAAAGUGGGAAUGAAUGAACGAAAAAGGAAAAGACGAACAACUAUAAGCCUGGGAGCUAAGGAGGCUCUGGAACGCAGUUUUGUGGAGAAAAGUAAGCCAUCGUCUCAGGAAAUAGCCCGGAUAGCCAAAGGUCUACAUCUGGAGAAGGAGGUGGUCAGAGUCUGGUUCUGCAACAGACGUCAAAGGGAAAAACGGGUCAAAACCAGCCUCAACCUCAGCUCCAGUUUGGCCAAAGUCAGCCCCAACUACAUCACACAAAUGAGUAAAACACAGAGGCCAAUGACAUAGUGGAUGGUCAUCAAAACCGG